UCGACUGACAGGCUAAUCUUUCUUUUUGAGUGCACCCAUGUGUGGCCUUACACUCCACACUUUCUUUUUGGUGGGGGUGACCUGAUUCCCAAGGCAACUGUUGCCACCGCAAAACACUCGGUGAAUGCACAGGCAAGUCACAGUUAAUUUCUAACCAGCACAGUACAAUUUAUUAUUUACAUUUGGAGUUGUUAUGGUUUUAAUGCCAAUUAAGAAUAGACAUUUUAAGAAGAUAAACUGCUGCUUUUGACACUUCAGAAAGUUUAAUUCUGCACAAAGACUGGACUUCUCUGGUGGCCAACAGAAGAAACAGCUUGAAGUACAAAAUGAAACUACCGGCCAUCUCUAUAGCUUCCACACCAGUGUGUAUUCCUCACAACACACCUCCUGCCCGGCAGAGUAGAGGCCUGGUAGUCACUCCCAUGACAUUUCCCGUCAUCUCAGACUCUGCCCGACUGUGCACUAGCAAUCAGAGUAUUCCGAGACUGAACCCGUUACAUCCACCUUUGGUCCAUAAACGCACUGUCAGUCUGGAGACGCCAGCUGUUCACCACCACAAUCACCAGAGGACACUAAUCAUGCAACGAAGAGAGCAUUACAGGUAUCAUCAAGUGUGGCGAAAACCCUUUUAUGGAACCAGCAGUGAGAGCGAAGAGUACAGGAAGGAGUUGCGAGAGCAGCUACAGAGACAGAUAGAGGAGAAAUAUGCAGCACUGAAGCUGCAGCUGGCCAGUAAAGUGAAGGAAGCAGAAUAUGUCCGUGAAGUGGACCGUCUCGCCCUGUCCACUGAAAGAGAGCAAAGGAUCCAACACAGCAAAGCAAUGACAGCGUACAGAGAUGAGAACAAGAGGCUAAUGGAGGAGAGCUGGAGGGACAGUGCACUAACGCGCUCCCUGGAGGUCCUGAAGGAGAGAGAGCUGCUACGCCUUAACCCCAUUAACUGGAGUGGAACCUUGAAAUAGGCUGAACCUAAACAUUCAGAGUCAAAUGUCUCAUUGUAGCACGAGUCUCUGUAGCAUGAGUGUCAGAUCAGAUGCAAAUGAGAGCAUACAAAUGCCACAUACUGUACUGUAUGUAGUACAUGUACAGUGGGUACGGAAAGUAUUCAGAGCCCCUUAAA